AUGACGGCAAGAAAGGUAAGACACUCUUUAAUCAUCUUUAAUGAUCUUUAAUGAUCUUUAAUUAUCUUUAAUCAUCUUUAAUUAUCUUUAAUUAUCUUUAACUAUCUUUAAUUAUCUUUAAUUAUCUUAUGUUUGUGCUGAAAGACGGAAAAUCUGUCACUAGUUAGAGUCACUCGUUAGUAUUACUAGUUAGAUUAACUCGUUAGUAUCACUAGUCAGAUUCGCUCGUUAGUACUGAGUGACAGAGACACAGAGGGACUACAUGAUCCAGGACUGAGAUGGUUGGUGAAGGUCUUUGGUGGGUUUGCAGACCGUUGGUUCUUCACAGAAGUUGUUUAUUUUUUUUUAAAGUUGUCCUUCCUGUUUUCCCUGUAAACAGGAAGUGACAUCGAGAUGUGCGGGCAGAGAAGUGACAGCCAAUCAGCAGAGGAGCUCUGACCACCUGAUCCACGGCCUGAGCGUUGACCGCUACAGACAGAUCUACGGCGCCGUGCUGCAGCCCUCGGUCCUCUCGGCUCUGUCCUCGUCCAAACCCACGGUGAGACACUUUCAUAGAGCAGGUUCAGAACCAGAACCAGAACCAGAACCAGAGACCGGUCCGUUCAGGACAGAGUCAAACCAAAAACCAGAGCCCUGAUCAGGAACUACGUCCCCCAUCACCCUGAAGUGUUUAUAGAUGUUCAAUAACAUGGAGGUUUCUUACCGUUACCAUGGUAACAGAGUCUGACCCUCCAACAGCACAAACACUAAAGUUAACAAUCAUCAGUGUGUGUGUGAGUGUGAGUACCAUCAUCUUUCAUCAUCUUCAUCAUCUUCAUCCAGCUCUGCUGCCCUCUGCUGGACAGAAGGAGAGCCCAGUGUGUGUGUUUGUGUGUGUGUUUGUGUGUUUGUGUGUGUGUGUGUGUGUGUAUAAACAUACAUAUAUUCUAACAGUGUGUGUGUGUGUGUGUGUGUGUGUAUAAACAUACAUAUAUUCUAACAGUGUGUGUGUGUGUGUGUGUGUGUGUGUGUGUGUCUUCCCUCUCAUAUUUCAGGACUAUGUCUGUGGGGUGUUGGAGCUGAAGCGGCGUCUGUGGGAGGCUCUGAGUCGACCUCAGCUGCAGGAGAGGCUGAUGGAGGACGGGCGGGUGGAGGUCACAGAGAUGUUCGACCUGACCUGA